GCCCCCGGCCCCCUCUGGGCAGCCCUGCUCCGAGCCCACCUGUGCCCCCAGGGAUGGUGCUGCUACUGCAGAGGGCCCUUGGCUCUCCGCUCCCCUCGCCCUGCCCCGUGCCUGCGGGCGGGGGAGACAGACCGUUGGGCUCAAAGCCGGUCCCGAGCCCGGCGCUCCUAACGGGGCGGGUGGGGUUGCCGGGCGCGCGCAGGCCCCGGCUCUCGCGGCCGCUUUCCAACCGCCCGCCCCCGUCGGUCUCCAUGGUGACGGCGUGGGGCCAUGGCGGAGGUGGCCGCGGUGCUGCUGCCGGGGGAGGCCGAGGCCCUGGUGCAGGCGCUGCGGAGCGGCCCGCUGCGGAACACCGGGGACCACAGAUGGCUCCGGCAGCACGAGGCCAUCGAGAAGCUGAACAUGCAGGCCAUUCUGAGCGCCUCUGCCGGCCAGGAACAGCUCCUAAUCGAGCUGCUGGUGAACUAUGCCAAGAUCCCUACUCUCAUCGAGGAAUUGAUCUCUGUGGAGAUCUGGAAGCACAAGGUGUUCCCUGUGCUGUGCCAGCUGGAGGAUUUCAAGCCAAAAAGCACCUUUCCCAUCUACUUGGUGCUGCACCAUGAAGCUUCUAUUGUCAACCUCCUGGAGACAGUGUUUUUUCAUAAGGAGAUCUGCGAAUCAGCUGAGGACACCAUUCUGGACUUGAUCGAUUAUAGCUACCGGAAACUGACCCUGCUAGCAGCUUGGAGCACCAACAGGGAGUUUCCAACCCACGAAAAGCUUCUGCCUGAGGAUCUGACCAAUGCAUCAUCAAUGCAGGAACUACAGAAGCAGGCAGAGAUGAUGGAGUUUAAGAUCUCCCUGAGGGCUCUUUCUGUGCUCCGUUUCAUCACUGAUCAGGUAGACAGUUUGCCACUGAGUGCCCUGACACGGAUGCUGAACACUCAUAACGUGCCCUGCCUCCUGGUAGAGCUCCUGGAGCAUUGUCCAUGGUGCCACCGUGAAGCAGGCAAGCUAAAGAAGUUUGAGAAUGGAGUGUGGCAUGUGGUGCCCCCUGAAGACCAUGUGAAGAUGACCAAGCUGGAUGGGCAGGUGUGGAUUGCCCUCUAUAACCUCCUCCUGAGCCCAGAAUGCCAGAGGAAAUACAACUUAGACGGUUUCAACAAGAGCCAGCUCCUAAAGCUCCGUGCAUUCCUGACUGAUGUCCUCAUUGACCAGUUGCCAAAUCUGGUGGAGAUGCAGAGAUUUCUGAGCCACCUCGUAAUGACAGAGCCUGUUCCACCCAAAAAGGACCUCAUCCUGGAGCAGGUUCCUGUCAUCAGGGACCGCAUUGUCAGAGAGAAUUCUGGGAAGUGGCAGGCGAUCGCCAAGCACCAGGUGAAGCACAUGUUCAGCCCCUCAGAGGAUGAGUUGAAAGAUCUGGCAUGCUGGUGGGCACGGACAUACAACCUGGAUGUGAUGGAGGCUCUCGUCCCAGAGAAACCCAAGUGUGGGCUGUGCGGCUUUGAGGCAACAAAGCGCUGCUCUCGAUGCCAGAACGAGUGGUACUGCAAACGGGAAUGCCAGGUGCAGCACUGGCAGAAGCACAAGAAAGCUUGCAACCUGAUGGCUGAUGCCCUGAAGAAAAUAAAAGAGGACCUGAAAGUGCAGCCGUAAUGCAGAGCCAGAGCUUUCCAAAGAGGGACUUCUCCUCCCAGGCAUUCCAGCAAUCCGAGAGCAAAGGGUCGCCAGUUAGAACUAGAGACAGACAACCCCUUGUUCAUCUAACCUGGGCCCAGUGCACCACUGGUGCCUGCCUCCUGUGUAACUGUACAUGCUGUGGUAAUGCAUGGGCUGCUCCAGAUCCCAGCCUUGCAGCCACGGACAGUAGGCCCAGAUCCACUACCAUGGGAUCAUGUUCAGCUCAGUGGGAGGCAGCAGCCACUGGCCAGCACAACUGCUGAGAUUGGGAGCCUUGGUUCUCUCAUACCCCAUUCUGUCUCCUAGUCUCUAAACACUUCCUUGCUUGAGAACAGGCUUAUCCUGACCUCGGGGACUCAUUUAUGCUAAGCAGCUUUCUCCGUGCUGCCACCCAUGACACAGAAGCAGCUUGUGUUACCGGGCAUCCUGCCCGAAGCAGGCGCCACCUCCCGUCAUGCAGCAUGGCAGUGAGCGCAGAUCUCGCCACACUGCGGCAGAGCACAAUGGCAGCUGACAAGUUUGGAACUAACCACUGACUGCUGCUCUCACUACCUGCUGCUGGGACUGUACCAUGGGCCUUAAGGAAAAUAUAUUUUCUGCUCCCAGGGCUCAGAGGCCAGCAAUAGCCGCACUGGGCUCAGACCCUCUUCUGCUGUGACUCCCCCCUCCCCCCCCCCUUACAAUUUGUUCUCCAGUAAAUGGGUUGAACCACUAA